CAUACGCUAAGCAACAAUGGCCACGCGGGCCUGGCGGACCGUCUCUACACAGUGUCCAGCGCGAGAGACGAACAGAUGAUCAACAAAUCUGACGACGUGCGACAGCUAUUCGCUGUAGUCAAGGAGCUUAUCGAGGACAACAAGACAGAGCUCCAACAGUUCACUGCCAUGCUAUUUCCUUUGGAGUGCAACCAAAGCGCCGCCGUGGACCUAUCUGGCGUCUGGCGAGUUCUGCGCAUGCAUUUCUCCCGGUUGAAGCCCACCAUUGCAAAACUACUGACAGCCGUCGCGUUUAGUGGAUAUGUAGCGCUGCAUCUGGAGCAGCGUGGAAUCGGGUUCGUCAAGCAUGUUGUGCGUGCGCUGGAAGAUGGGAUGGUUAAGUUUCUGCACGAGUUUUAUGGACGUCUCGAAGCCCAGGAGGCGUUGAAGAGGUACAUGCAUGAUGAAAUCAGCGGGGAUCCUACCAAGGAGACAACGAUUGGACGAGCGCUGGGCCACUCCGCCCUUGUGGCUGCCUGUGUUCUGUAUAUAGCAAUGGUCAUCAAUGGAUGCCGAUGGUGACUUUUCGAUGUUUGUCAGUGCGCAGAGCCACGAGUGAAGUAAAAGCAGUUCUCCGCGUUGAACAGUCGACUGUCAGUUCCAGGGACAUCGCAAGCUCAGUCAGAGGAGCCCCGCGUUACAACGAAAUGGCAACACUGCCAAGAAACUGUGCUCUGUUCUGAAGCGGAGGGCUACGGCACUCAGGGAGCAGCACAAGGUCAUAGCCCAAACCUGUGUAGGUGCGAAAUAAGAGCUGUUUUGCUGGCGUCUGUUUCAUUGUGAGCGUCUCGUCAUGUGUGUCUUGCAGUCAGUGUGGAAACAUGUUGUGUGUCUGGCAUACUUCACACGUCUUGUUCUGUAUAUAGCAAUGGCCAUCAACGGAUGCCGAUGGUGACUUUUCGAUGUUUGUCAGUGCGCAGAGCCACGAGUGAAACUGUCAAGAAACUGCCCCGUUCCUUCAACCA